AUGACUUCAUUACUUGAAGUUAAAUCUUCUCAAUCUUCGGUAACAAAAAAAUCAUUUUUAUCUACCAAAAGCGUUAAGCUGAACCAUAAGCAUUCCAAAAACAUAUAUUUCGAAGAUAAAGAUACUGUUAAAUGCGGUGAAUUAUUUAGAUACAAAGUCAAGAUAUUUAAGAGCGGUAUUUCUAAAGAUGAAUCGUUUCAUAUACAGUUUAAAAAUGAAGAAUCUAUAAUUUUAUUACCUGUUUAUUUAACUGGUCCUUAUACUUUUUAUGUUGAUGUUAGGCCUUUUAAUUAUGACGAAAAUGAACCAUUCAGUGAAAAUAUUUAUUUCGCGCCAAAUGUCAAACCAGAUGAAAAAUUUAAAGCUGUUUUAACUUGCAACGAUAAUUCUUUUAAUGAAAAGGAGGAUUGCUUUGAAUGGACCAUAGACGUUAUAUCUCAACUGGCUGUUUUGACAUCUGCAUCUUUGGAUUUUAAAUUAGAAUUAUAUGAUCACAAGAUUAAACCAGUGAGGGCUGAUGUGGUAAAAGUGGAUAAACUAAGCACUUAUGAUAUUUGGUCUAUGCCACCCAAAAACCCAGAUUUGCCUGUACAUCUAGUGAUUAUUACACACGGAAUUUUUUCUAAUAUAGGGUGUGAUAUGUUAUGCUUAAAAGAUAAAAUUGAAAAAGUAGCAAGUACUCAGCCGGUAUCCUCAGAUAAUAUUGUCGUUCGAGGCUGUAUGGAUAAUAUUGGUAAAUCGGGCAAAGGAUUAGAAUAUUUGGGCACCGCUGUGGCGGAAUAUAUUUUGAAAGUGGUUAAAGAAAGCAAAUAUACUAUAGAUAAGAUUUCCUUUCUAGGACACUCGUUGGGUGGACCUGUUCAAGCUUUUGCAAUUUACUAUAUAUAUCAUCAUGAACCUCAUUUUUUCGACAAGAUUGAGCCGAUAAAUUUUGUAACUCUAGCCAGUCCAAUGUUAGGUGUGGCUGCUGAGCUACCAAUGUACACUACAAUUGCCUUGGAUUUUGGUGGACUGGGUAAAACAGGAAGAGAUUUGAAUUUUAAGCAUAGGUAUUUGAUUCCAAAGGAUAAUCAAAGCAAUAAACCCAUCUUAGAGAUUGUUCCUCAGUGUCCCAUUUUUAAAAAAUUCAAGAAUCGUACAGUCUAUGCCAAUGUUCUACAUGAUGGUAUUGUUCCAUUAAGAACUUCUGCUUUAUUAUAUUUGGACUGGUAUGGUGUAGAUAAAGUGUUUGCAAUAUUUAAAAGUGAAGGUUUGGCUGGUAUUCGUACAUACAAGGAAGAUCGGAAACAAUCAACUACGGGAGAAAUCCCACUUUUAACUCUGGGCAAUAAAAUGAAGCUGAAAAAAUACAGAAGGCUACAAAUUCUUGGCAAUGAAGAAAAUAGUGGCAGUAACAAUGAAGAUGAUGAUGUAAAGGGGAACUUACAGCAAAUAUCUGGAGAUGUCUCUGGUUCUAUUCCGGACUUUAAACCAAUACCAAAGGCUUCCACAUUUAUGGCAGCUGCAAAUGUUUUGUUAUCAGCUUUACCUACGGAAAAUUAUAUAAAAAAUCCAGAUAUCAGAACAGAUGGUAUUUUACAUGAUAGAAUAUAUUAUCCGGAAGAAUUACCACCAGCGCAUUAUACUAAUAGGGAGAUUUUUAAAAAGAUUAUAUACCCUAGAGAUAAAAUAUACAGGAAAGAGGAAAGAAUAGCAAGGUAUUGGCAAGAAUCAAUGCAAUGGAGAAAAGUAUUGGUAGUUUUGAAACCCGAUUCUCAUAAUAAUAUUAUAGUUCGUAGAAGGUUCAUUAAUUUGUUUGGAAAUGUUGUUAUAGAUCAUGCAGCUAAAACCCAUUUUGCAUAUGUUUAA